AUGGUCCUCAUAGGGAGAGUGGAUGAGCAACCUCUUGUAGUAAACUCUCAGGAGCCAGUGAACUACGAACAGACGACAGUAGAAGUGGAGAUAAUUCCUUUCUCCGAUGGAUCACCUAUUUUCGAUACCUCGGAACGGAUGAUCCAAAGCUUCCUCCGCCAAACACCAGUGGCUCCAGAAGAACCUGCAGUUAUCCCCGACUUGGAUCUUCCUGCCCGUCUCCCGGUCAACUCACCCUCGUCUUUCUACGGCGUACCAAUCACAGCAGCGUCACCACCUCUUCCGGACUUCAACCGAUCUCUACAUCUGCGUGUGGAUCUGACUGUGCCCAGCUCCGACUACACAGAGGCUUUUGAUAUACAAUGGCACUCGGAGUCGAACACAGCGAAGACCGUGGUCGAGGACGGUAGCACUGUCAUCUACCGCGCACCGGUGGCGGACGGACGCAUCCAGUUCCUUGAGGAGGAAUGGCUGUACAAUUCCUACUUACAGAUCCAACGAGAACUUAAGGACGGACACGAGGUGCGCCGCUGCACGCUCUCCCCACUGAUGCAGGCUUCCCCCGAAGAUAACGCCUUCCCAGGACUACCAGCAUUCGACCAGUUUGAGUUCGUUGGUUACACGACGGCAGAAGGCCGAUCGCUAGUGGAGCGCUGGCGCCGCGUAGUCAAGAGUGGCCUAGGAGAAGGUGGCGCGGCGGAGGGAGAAUCUCUUACCGUCACGCACGAGAUGUUCAUCGUCAGGGAAAGGGGACAAGCGGUGCCUCUCAGAUACUCAGUGGUGACGGACAGCUCAGUCCUCGGUGCCAAGAGUGACAGCUACACCCACCGCUACAACUUGCUCGACGCGCCAACCUCUGCAGUUCUCCCCGACACGUCCCAGGAUUGCGACAUCUUUGAGGAGUACCCAGUGGAGCUCGAGCAGCACAGUCUUCAGAAGAGGGCUAUUGGCCUCGUGUCGAGGGUGCUCGCUAACUUCGACCCGAUCAGAGAGUUCGCUGGACCGACAAGAGAUAUUCGAUACGACUCCAUAUUCUCUGACUUCAAAAAGCAAUUCAAACGCAUAUACCUAGACCCGGCCGAAGAGGCCGUCCGCAAGAACCUCCUCGUCAAAUCCUCUCGCUUCAUCGAGGCAGGCAACCGUCUCUCCUCUGGGUUCAAGAUGGCAGCCAACUUCAUGGCAGACAGGCUGGAUGAUGAGAUCAACCAGCUGUUAGGAUUUGAGGCGCCGCCAGAGGGCGCUAGCGAGCCUGGACUUGUGCCGUUCCCGUACUCGGAGAAUGAAGUGAAGAGUAUCAAGUUGGAUGAUGAGUUUGACUGGCGACCACUUGGAGCCGUUUCUCCUGUGCGCUUCCAAGACACAACGUGCUCAUCGUGCUGGGCCUUCGCCGUGGCGGGCUCCACGGAGGGCGCGCUGUUCAAGAAGACCAACACGCUGGUGCCGCUGAGCCCUCAGUGCCUCGUCGACUGCGGCAAACCGUUCGGAACGAACGGCUGCAACGGCACGUGGCCCAGCUUUGCGUAUGAUUACGUGAAGGCCCGCGGGCUGCCGGCGUGGGACGAGUACACCAACUACCAGGCUAAGGUAUUGCAAUGCAAGGACCAGACCGUGCCACCGGUCACGCACAUCAGCGGGCACGUCAACGUUACCGCCUUCAGCGAGGAGGCCCUCAAGGUGGCGAUCAAGAAUCACGCGCCGUCGGUCGUCAUAGUGGACGCGAAAGCGCAGAGCUUCAUAUAUUACAAGUCGGGAGUGCUGAAGGACAAGCGCUGCGGCGAAAACAAGCCUCGCCUCAACCACGCCGUCCUCGCCGUCGGCUGGGGCACCAAAGACGGCCCCCACUUCAUCAUCAAGAACACGUGGAGCGACAAGUGGGGGGAGGGCGGUUACAUCCGCAUCGCGCCCGACUCCUGCGCAGUUCUGGAGUGGCCGUCUUACUCGUUAGUAGAGGAACCAAACAUUGAUAGAGCGGAGCUGAGAGCGGCCGCGGCGAGUAUCAAAGCUUAGUUUUCGAUGCCAAAUCUGAUUAAAUUUUCACCGUUUUGUUGCUCCUCCUGAUGCCCAGAAAGUUUCGUUUUGUUACAAGCUUUUAUUUAACUUGCCCUGUUAGUACAUAUGUUGAGUGUCGGUCAAAUCUUGGAAGCUAAAUUUGACCCACUUCCCGUUUUCCGAUUGAGCUGAUACUUCACAUA